AUGUCUAAUUUCCCCAUGAGAAAAAAAUCUCCUACAAGAAAUGAUGUGAAGAGCACCCACGGGCCUGCACUGAGACAACAGGCUUUUCAUGAGGUGAACAAAAGAAGGGCUUUCUUACAGGAUAGCAGCUGGAUAAAGAAACGUCCUGAGGAGGAAAAAGAUGAAAAUUAUGGCAGGGUGGUGCUCAACCGACAUAACUCUCAUGAUGCUUUGGACAGGAAAAUAAAUGAGAGAGAUGAGUCCAAAGCCACAAUCAGCCGGUACAGAUCUGAUGACACCUUGGACAGAACAUUGUCCGUGUUUAGAUCACCGGAAGCAACCAAGAAGCUACCUGGCAGCUCGUCUAGACCUAACACUACCACUGCAGCUUCUACCUCUGUUACAACCCCUGUGAAGAAAAAGAGACAGUCCUGGUUCCCGCCACCCCCUCCUGGUCACAAUGCCACUCCAAGCACAGGAGCCAGUAGAAGAGACCCAACUCUUCACCCUCCAAUACCUCCAAAGCCCAGUUCUCCUGCUGCUUCUCUUAAGCAGUCGAGACAGGGUAGCAGGCAGAUACAUGCAAUGAAAGCAGGUAUACAUGGAGAAUCCAACAGACAUGCUGAAAGAAGUAUAAGGAACCAGGAUAUGGACGACCUCAUCAGGGCGGCCACUUCGCUUCAGAAAGCUGACAAAGGUGAAGAAUUGGAUAAUCUUAUCAAAAUGAGCAAAAGCUUGAAUAGAAAUCAAGGUCUUGAUGGUCUUUUCCGAGCAAAUCUGAAGACAGAGCAAUCAAAGAAAAGAGCCCAAAGUCUUGAAAGUCUCAUCUAUAUGAAUGCCCAGUUGGACAGAGAUGGCAAAGGAAAUCAAGGUUUUGGAAGUCUUAAGACAAUUAACCAAAGGAUUGACAGUGAGAAAGUCAGCCGAGAUCUUGGAUCUGUUGUCAAAACUGAUGCCAGGGCAGAUAAAAGCAGCAGAGGAAAACAAGACCCAGAGAGACUUAUUAAAGUAAAUCAUGAAGCAAAUAAAAAUACGAAGAGGGGCCAGAGCCUUGACAAUCUGAUAAAAGUGACCCCUGAAGUAAACAGAAGUAACCAAGGGGGCCAAAGUUUUGACAGUCUCCUUAAAGCAGCUCCUGCAACGAAUAGAAUUAACCAGGGGAACCAAGACCUGGACAAUCUUAUAAAAGUGAACCCACCAGUAGACAAAAGCAGUCAUCAAGGUCUUGAUGAAUUUAUUAAUGUAAGCCCCAAAGCUGUCAGAACCACUGCUGGGUACCAAGAUCUUGAUAAGUUCAUCAAAGUGAAUCCUGAAAUUCUUACAAACAACCAAAGGGAUCUGGAUAGCAUCAUCAAAGGGAGCCCUGCAGAAAUCAGAGGCAAUCAGAGUCAAGACUUGGACAAUCUUAUUAAAGUCAAACCUUCAGCUCUCAGAAAUACGGAUCGAGGAGACUGGGACCCAGAGAAUUUAAUUGAAGUAAGUUCUCAUGUGUCUGAAAGUAAGAAUGGAAGGCUAGAUGGUCAAGUCAAUGGAGUCACCAACACUCGACCCAAGGAGUCCACAAGAACCUCUGUCUACACUUAUGAAGCCAGGAACAGCCUCAGCUCCAGCGCUGGAACCAGGCAUGGACCUAAGGAUACCAUUGUCUAUACAAGGACAUAUGUGGAGAACAGUAAAUCACCAAAGGAUGGCUAUCAAGAAAAUAUUUCAGGAAAAUAUAUACAAACUGUUUAUUCAACUUCAGAUAGGUCUGUCAUCGAAAGAGAUAUGUGCACUUACUGCCGCAAGCCCUUGGGGGUAGAAACCAAAAUGAUUUUAGAUGAAUUACAAAUUUGUUGCCACUCUACUUGCUUUAAGUGUGAAAUAUGCAAACAGCCUUUGGAAAACCUACAAGCAGGUGACAGCAUUUGGAUUUAUAGACAGACAAUACACUGUGAACCCUGCUACUCUAAAGUGAUGGUGGGAGGAAGUGUCGGUUGCGGAAAAGUCCAGGCCAGGUCCAAUCAGGUACCUGGGUUAGAUGGCGUGGGUGGAUGCUGCGGUGUGGUUACCGCUGCCCAGGUCGGAUGCCCGCCUCAGGCCCCGCCCCCUGGCCGAGCUCCCGCCCCAAACUGUGCCUUCAUCGUCGGCUCCGCCCCUCGAGCCCCGCCCCGCCCGGGGGCCGCGGCUAAAACCCGGAGCCGUCGAGCGCCUAGGGGACCGGAGGCGCGCACUGAGCAUGUGCGAGGCUGCUCCACUGUCGCUGCCUCGGCCGGAGGCUGGGCCCGGGUGCUGAUGCUGACGCUAGGCUCAGGCUGGGUCCCUGCGUGGUGGGCUCCGCGACCCGGGCGGGCGGCCGAGCGGCCGUAG